AUGUCUCCUCCCGCUUCCUUCCCCACUGGCCCCUCGAACCCUCGCAAACCCCUCGAGAGCCAGACAAACGCAGGCAGUGAUAUGUCUAUGAUGCUUUUCGUCCAGCCAGACUGCCCGUCCAGAUUUGCCUAUCAGGACCAGCAUCGCAUUAAGGGGCUCAACGCAGAGGCAUUGGCGAGGGUCUUCCUACCUGCCCCGUCCUGGAUUUUGACCCCCGAGUAUGCGCAACUUCGGUCAGACCCCGACAACCACUCCAGCUGCAUCUUCUUCAGCCUCAACCUCUCCAUCUACAAUCAACAAGUCGUUGCAUCAGAAUGGACUGAGCAAUGGUUCUUCAUGAACGGUCGUGUUCACCCGUACGUCCUGACCUGGAAGGUUAAACAACGAGAUGGUCUAGAGAUUGAGAUAUCUGUUGUCCAUCCACCAGUGCCCGCCAUCAGUAUCCCCCAAAGUACGUAA